GAACCGGUCUUCCCAACGCUAUCAUUUACGCCCAUGAGCUACACGCGAUUUAAGACCUCUUGCGGUUCCCGUUUCUUUCCUCACAGACUGCCCUUUGGCUGAGGGGGUUGCUCUCGCAUUAUUGCAAAUAGAAACGGAUAUGUUCAAUGUCAAAGCGGAUUUUUUUUUGUUUUGAAUACGUGGUCCGCAUGGAAACAACGGACGGUUUGCAGGAAUGACAGAUCAUUUUGCGAUUUCACAUUGCGUUGGAUUUGAUGCAGUAAGAGGGGCACUAUGAGGUAACCCCAGAGGAAUGCUAUGUGUGCUUGUCCAGGUCUGAUUUCUCCCAUUGAUAAGAGAAAUGAAGACUUGAAAGUGGUCAGUGCUAUCUUGGCAAACUCACAUACCACACGCUGAUCAAGAACAUACAGGUUAAUGUUUGAUAACAGAAAGCCCCUAGAAACGAUCCUGUCAUCUUGAGCAGCUUCAUGUAUGUCCUGAUCAUCGUCAGCACUUUAACUGUCUCCGCAUUCCUCCCUCCGCUGUGUUAAACCAGUCACAGCACGGACAGACACAAUGGACACAGAUUCCAUCCACUCUGGUUAUUCCCACCACUCCAACAGGUCACGGGGGUCAAACAAACAGAGUGAACGGAGCAGCAGGGAUCGGCACAAAUCACACAGCCGAGACAGCAGCAGCCGCUCAGACAAAAAUGUCACCAUCAGUGCAUCAUCAGCUCAGCCACAGCAGCCGGAUCAGAGCUCCGCCCCCACAGACGCCCAGGAUGACAACUGGGGCGAAACCACCACAGCGGUCACCGGAACUUCAGACCACAGCUUGUCUCAAGAGGAUUUGGCUGGCUUCGGGAAGGAGACGGAAGGUCCAGUAGAGAAACUGAACUGUGUACGCUUCCUUCCUUUGGCCCUCACCCUUGUCCUGGGCCUGCUGGUUCUGAUCACCCCAAUGUCCUUCCUGGUGCUGCCCCAGCUGAUGUGGCCGGAGCGCCUGCAGGCUUGUGGUACUGCCUGUGAGGGCCUGUUUCUUUCGCUGGCAUUCAAGCUCCUCAUUCUGUUGCUGGCUGGUUGGGCGCUGCUUGUGCGACCGGCACGAGCCUCCCUGCCCCGGAUAGCAGUGUUCCGCGCCCUGCUGGGGUUACUCACGCUCCUCCUGCUGCUCUCCUACUGGCUGUUCUUUGGAGUGCGUAUCUUGGACUCGCAGGAUGAGAACUACCAGGGCAUAGUGCAGUUUGCAGUAUCAUUGGUGGAUGCUCUGCUGUUCAUCCAUUACCUGGCAGUGGUUCUGCUGGAGAUCCGACAUCUGCAGCCCUGCUUUUCUCUCUGUGUCGUGCGCUCCACCGAUGGAGAGACUCACCACUAUAACCUGGGACAGCUCAGCAUUCAGCGGGCAGCCCAGGUAAUUCUUGAACACUAUUAUAAGGAUUUCUCAGUCCACAACCCUGCCCUACUGACGGCUGCAAAGUCCAGGGCAGCUAAACAUCUGGCUGGGCUAAAAGUCUAUAAUGUAGAUGAGUUUAAAGCCAAACUGAAAAGCUAUCUUUUCGAUUGUGCUGGUAGCGAUACUGCAACAGCUCAAUCUCGGGCUAAAAUAGCAGCUGCCGCACGACAGAGAGACGCCAGCCACAAUGAGCUGUACUACGAGGAAGCAGAGCAUGAAAGAAGAGUCCGAAAGCGCAGAGCACGGCUGGUGGUGGCAGUAGAGGAGGCGUUCACACACGUUAGACGGCUGCAGGAGGAGGAGAAAAAGAAGCUGCCAGGAGAUGAGAUGGAUCCACGUGAGGCAGCGCAGGCCAUCUUCCCCUCCAUGGCUCGAGCACUGCAGAAAUACCUGCGCACCACCCGUCAGCAGCACUGCCACAGCAUGGACAGUAUUCAGGCCCAUCUGGCAUUCUGCAUUACAAACAACAUGACUCCAAAGGCAUUUCUGGAGAGCUAUCUGAUGGCUGGGCCCACACUGCAGUAUACGAGAGAGUGCUGGCAGACCCGGCAGUGGACGCUGGUCAGCGAAGCGUCUGUCACCAGUCCCCUCCGUCACGGCUCUGAAUUCCAGCUCAAAUCAUCUGACUUCAGCUUAGUGGUCACCAGCAAAGCUAUCCCUCACCUCAAACUCCGUGAGGAGUACGUCCACCCCAAAUCUCACAAGUUUGUACUACAACUGCAGUCUGAGACCUCCGUCUGAUGGAUUCGGUUGCUUUUGUUUGGUUUGGGUUUUCUGC